UUCUUUACUUUUUUUUGGGUUUAUAAAUCCUAUUCGGUGAGUCAUGUCCAACUACGCGCCGUUCAUCAAGCCCUAUGUGCAGUACAACGAACACGGCUGGGGUCCUUGUGAGGUGCCCGAUCUGGAUGUGCCCUACCAGCCGUUCUGCAAGAGUGAUCGCCUGGGCAAGAUCUGCGACUGGACGGUGUCGCUGCCGGAGAAAAAGUUCCCCAAUAAGUACGCCUCGUCCUUUGGCAACAACAGCCAGUAUGCGUACUUCCACGAGGACGACGAUUCCACCUUCCAUUUGGUGGAUAACACCGGAUCGAAGGGUUUUAGGCCCCAUCAGCGGGGUCGCUACCGUCCCAAUAUUCGCAACAAUGUGCGGGUCAGGGGUCGCACUGGGCGGGGCAGCACCCUUGUGGGCAUGGCCGGUGGACCCUCGGCCGGGGGCGGGAUGAGCAACAGCACCAAGUAUGGAAAGUCGGGACGCGAUACGCGCCGCAAUGUGGGUCGUCGAUUCGCCCGCAAUGCGCCCACCAGACUUCGCGAGAGCUCCGUUAUGGUCCGCUCCAAUUGGGUAUCCAUCGAGGAGAUUGACUUUCCACGCCUCCUCAAGCUCGCCCUGCCCAAUAUCAAGGAGGGCCAGGACAUCGCCACCUGCGGCUCCCUGGAAUACUAUGACAAGCUCUACGAUCGGGUUAAUCUGCGCAAUGAGAGACCCCUACUUAAGAUGGAUCGCGUUGUGCACACGGUGACGACCACCGAUGACCCGGUCAUCCGUCGUCUGGCCAAAACCAUGGGCAAUGUCUUUGUCACCGACGAGAUCCUGGCCACCAUCAUGUGCUGCACUCGAUCCAACUACUCCUGGGAUGUGGUCAUCGAGAAGCUGGGCACCAAGGUCUUCUUGGACAAAAGGGAUAACACUCAGUUCGAUUUGCUGACCGUCAACGAGACUUCGCUGGAGCCGCCAAUGGAUGAGGAGGGCUCCAUCAACUCGGCCCACAGCUUGGCCAUGGAGGCCACGCUCAUCAACCAUAACUUCAGUCAGCAGGUACUUCGCAUUGGCGACCAGGAGCCGCGCUUCAAGUUCGAGGAGCCCAAUCCCUUCGAGGAGUCGGGCGUGGACCUGGCCUCCAUGGGCUACCGCUACCGUCAGUGGGAUCUGGGCAACGACCUAGUGCUGAUUGCCCGCUGCAAACACAACGGCGUGAUCCAGGGCCCCAACGGGGAGCUGCAGUUCCUCUCGAUCAGGGCGCUCAACGAAUGGGACUCCAAGGUGACCAAUAGUGUGGAGUGGCGCCAGAAGCUGGACACCCAGCGCGGUGCUGUCUUGGCCUCGGAGCUACGCAACAACGCCUGUAAGCUGGCUCGCUGGACCGUGGAGGCUGUGCUGGCUGGCUCCGAUCAGCUCAAACUGGGCUAUGUGUCCCGGGUGAAUCCGCGUGAUCACCUCCGCCACGUGAUCCUGGGCACUCAGCAAUUCAAGCCGCAGGAAUUCGCCACACAAAUCAACCUGAACAUGGACAACGCCUGGGGCAUACUGCGCUGCCUCAUCGACAUUGUGAUGAAGCAGCCAGAUGGCAAGUAUCUGAUCAUGAAGGAUCCCAACAAGCCGAUGGUACGGCUGUACGAUAUUCCGGAAAACGCGUUCGACUCCGACGGCGACGAGGAUGAGGACUCCAGCGAGCCCUUUGCCAACUCCAUCGACAACUAAUGUUUGCACAAAUUCAUUUAACUAAUAGUUGUUCGAAUAAAGGCAUUCGUUGACAGACGGGCGACACAUGCUGAACUGACAGAUGCGCUGCGAACACAAAUGCAAUUUAAA